CUCCUGCGAUACAUUUGGCACUCUAACAUCACUUUGCACUUUGCUACCUAUAGAUAAUUUCGAUUUUAAUUACCGCAUAAUUAAUUAAGCAUAUCCUUUUAAGACUUUUAUUUCAUAGCUGUGAUAACCGUCCACGUUUUCAAAUCAAUACAGAAAAACGCCAAGUCAUGACUGAGUUAGAGGUGUUUACUACCAGCAACCGUUCACUAGGAACUAUCACGGUUCCUUCAGCGGGAACAGUUAAGGAUAUUAAAGUCAAAAUUUCGAAGCUACAACAAAAAUUAAAGAUCACUCGACAGUCAAUUCGCAAUUCUAUCAAAGGUAAAGAUAUUAAAGACAGUGCCAGCAUAGCAAGUGUAGGUCUAAAAGAUGGGAAAGUGUACGUCAAAGAUUUGGGUCCUCAAAUUUCUUGGAGUUUGGUAUUUUUAUGUGAAUAUUUAGGACCUCUUGUUGUUUACUUAAUUUUCACAACUCGCCCAUGGUUAUUCUAUGGCCCUUCAAACAACUUUCAACCGAUGUCUUUAACUGCAAAAAUUGCAGCUGCUUGUUGGAGUUUCCAUUAUGCAAAACGUUUGCUGGAAACAAUAUUUGUCCAUCGCUUCUCUCAUGCCACGAUGCCCAUACUUAACUUAUUCAAAAAUUGCAGCUACUAUUGGGGUUUUACAGCAUACGUUGCUUACCACACCAACCACCCACUAUUUACAUCACCAUCCUAUCUUCAAGUAGUUAUGGGUUUAGCCAUUUUCACACUUUCCGAGGUAGGAAAUUUGAGCACACACCUUCUUUUUCGCAACUUACGCCCGGCAGGUACGUCUGUACGUAAGAUCCCAAAACCGGACGGGAACCCCUUCAACGCCUUGUUUAAUUACGUUUCGUGUCCUAAUUACACGUACGAAGUUGCGGCUUGGAUUGGUUUUAGCAUUAUGACCAGCUGCCUACCAGCUGCAUUUUUCGCAAUUGUCGGAUGGGGCCAGAUGACUCUGUGGGCCUUGGGAAAACAUCGCAAUUAUAGAAAAGAGUUUUCCGAUUAUCCCAAGAAGCGCAAAGCAAUCAUUCCGUUUAUCUUAUAAUUGUUCUCUAGGGAUGUUCUUGUCAUUUUAGAUUAAGUUGUGUUAUAAAAUCAGAUUUUUGAAAAAUUGUUAAAGGCGUAUUAUUCGAUCAUUAAUGAGCUGAGUAGGAAAUCGUUUUUAGUGAGCUCAUUAAUGUAUAAAUGAAUAAGCCUAUACUUUGGGUAAAUUAUUUUCUACUUUGUUAUACGUUGUGAUGGAAUAAAUGAAUUUUCAAAAAUAUAA